AUGUCUUCUUUCUCCACAUCUCUCAUGGCUUUCAUAGUCUCAAACAAGCCUAUGUUUACGUUGAUGUCCGUAGCUGAUGCAGCUACAUGGUACUGUGCCCUUGUUCUUCUUGCUCUAAUAUUGCUUGCUUCUUUAAGAGAGGCAUCUCCCACAUACGGUGAUGAUCGUCACCAUGAUGUUGUCGUUGAAGGCAAUCAAAUAUUUUACCGGCCGUGCGAUGAAAUUUAUGUUGUGAAAGAAGGAGAAACCCUUCACACCAUCAGUGAUAAGUGCGAUGACCCUUUUAUAGUGGAGGAGAAUCCUCAUAUUCAUGAUCCUGAUGAUGUUUUUCCUGGUCUUGUUAUCAAGAUUACUCCUUCAAGGUCUAGGAAAUUAUUGCGGUAG